UAAUUACAGGCUCCUAUUAGGUCGAUCUACCCUCCCAGGGGUCUCAAAUUUUCAUUUAUUCCCCCGUUCAGGCUUCCCCUGCGUGCCAGUGUGCGUCGUUUGAAGUGCCAUUGAGUCUCCUGAUCCAACGGAGGGAAGAGCUCGCUUCAAAAAAGCAGCAGAAUUCCAGCCUUCCUCCACCGAACGUAAACCAAGAGAUUACUCACAUGCGCAUCUGUUAGACAUCAUCAUUUCUGCAACCGUAGUCAUUCAGGAUCUUGAGUCAACAGGAAGAAGAGGAAAACUUCUCCGAAGAUGGUGUAAGAUCCAGGGGCAAGACAGUGUGACAUGAGUGGUGUAUGUUCGGUGUUUGGAGUUUGCGUGAGUGGACAACUGCUGAGGUACAAUUUCCCGUGUACACCCAGCUGAAGGGAAAAAAAAACUAUUCGUCUGUGUAACAAGCCCCGUGAUCUGAAAGUUCAACAAAACGUCGCGAGCCCCGAAAGAACGUCACUCCAUCUGGAUUUGUACAAUCUUGAUCUAUCCUUUACUACAAAAACCGAAGACUUGUUGAUUGGUUUGGAGGCGCUGUUGGUGCUUUUUGUAUGCAAGGAAUAAUUUGGCUCGCUUAUUACUGCUUUUUUUCUCCUGUAUUUUCUUUGCGUCAUGACUUCUAGUUAUGCACAUGUAAUGGACAGACAAGCAUCGAUAUCUAACCGCCUGGAGAGUCCGAUUACAUCCAAUCUGGAAAACCUACAGGCUAAAAAGAACUUUUCUGUAAGCCACCUGUUGGAUCUGGAGGAGGCGGGGGAGAUGGUUGGGACACAGACGGACGAGAGUACCGGAGAGGCGGGAAGGAGUAUGCUCGAGUCUCCGGGGCUGACCAGCGGCAGCGACACUACGCAGCAGGAGAAUGAGCAGCUGAACUCGGAGGAGAAGAAGAAGCGGAAACAGCGAAGGAACCGGACCACCUUCAAUAGCAGCCAGCUGCAGGCCCUGGAGAGGGUGUUCGAGAGGACGCACUACCCCGACGCCUUUGUCAGAGAGGACCUGGCGCGCCGGGUCAACCUCACCGAGGCGCGCGUUCAGGUAUGGUUUCAGAACAGGAGGGCUAAGUUUCGCAGGAAUGAGCGGGCAAUGCUGGCCAGCAAGAACGCUUCUCUUCUCAAGUCCUACUCCGGAGACGUGACGGCGGUGGAGCAGCCGAUUGUACCCCGUCCUGCUCCUCGACCGAACGACUACCUAUCCUGGGGCAGUGCCUCCCCGUACAGCUGGUAUCCAAUGCCGGAGGGAGCACCAGUGCAAGUUCCACAGAAAAUGCUGCCCUCAGAAAGCAACGCCAUGGCUACCUACCCACCCACAUGUUCCAACACCAACACCACCCAGGGAAUGAACAUGGCCAACAGCAUUGCCAACCUGCGCCUGAAGGCCAAGGAGUACAGCUUGAACCAGGUGCCCACCGUCAACUGAGCAAGACACAAAGGCUGUGGCACUGGAGGGAGGGGGCUGGUUUUACCGGACCCUUGUUGCCCAGUGGAGAUCCGCAGAGACCCAAGGCGGGUAACCAUCCGUCCCCUCCGGAAUUACAACAGAAGCUUGAUCUUGCCGGCACGUCAUCUUAUCGGUGAAUAUAAAUUCUCGCCCUGCACGGGACAGAAAUACAGAGCAAAACCCGAAAGGUUUGAGAACAUUCAAGAACAUUUAAAAAAAUGUGUCCAGCCAAGUUAGUCAAUGAAAACGUGUGGACGCUGUAACCUUUUUUUUAUUUGGUUUGAACUGGAGAAAAUUCAUUUACAAAAAAAGGAGCAUAUUAUUACUAACCUUGAGUGUUUUGAGCUGAGAAAAGGCAGAUUGUGUGCAUUUCGCUAGUCAUCACCACCGGAGCACAUCUCUGGCACAUCUCAAUGGUGUUUACUGGGGGAUUUUGGACACGGGCUCCAUGGUUUCUCCAGCUAUUGAACAGCCUGUCAUCUUUUCUGACACCCAACCAGAAUAAAACACCGGACCAACAUCAGCCGAUACAGGUACUGUCAGGACAACAGAAAAGGAGGAUUUCCUCCAGUAGAUAGACUGGGAAGAUUUGUGGGAACAUUUUCUAUUUUUAACAUUGUUUAUUUCAUUUUUCCAUUUAUACCACUGACAAGCAAAUGUCAUCAAUGCAUUAUGAUUUAUAUAAUGUACACUAUACAGGCAAGCUAAUGUAACUCAUUUUGAACCAAAGACCUAGUUGCUUUUUUGUCUUUGUAUGAUAUCACUCUUUGUAACAGAAAAUCUUAUAUUAUAAUAAAAUACAAC